GGACGCCUGGAAGCAGCGAUCUCGGGCGGCGCCUGUGUGCGGCGGCGCGGCCCGGCUCCGGCCCCGCCGGGGCGAUGCUCCCCGGGGCGGCGGGGUGAGCCAGGCCUCGAGCACUGCGGAGGCUCGCGGGGGCCGUUCGGAGUCCCGGCCUUUCAGGCACCAGCUCGGGCGGCUUUUCGCAGCAGGAAUCCGGCCUGCCUGGGCGACCCGAUUCCUCCACCCACUGCUCUGCGACCUUCGGCGAAUGCCUGCCCUUACUGCGCCUCAGUUUCCUCGUCUGUAGAAUGGAGACGCGGUCGCCGCUCAGCCUGUGGCGCGGCCCUUAGCGGAGAGGAGAGGGAAAGGCGGGACUUCGUGCAGGUUAUGGGCUGAGCAAUGGAAACAGUCCCUCCGUGGUUCUGGGCGAGGCUCCUCUCCUGUCCCUCCCUGCCCACAUGUCUUCAUGUUUUUAAAUGGCAUUUCUUCCUCGUGGGUGCCAACUUGUCCCCAGCCACCCUCUCCCGACCAGCCAGACAGCAAACAUAAACACUACGAUGGUGUAAAUGUUACUGAGUCCCUUAAAGCAGGUCAUGGCACCGUGAGAACAAUGAGGUGCUACGUUUGCUUGUUCACAGCUUGCUCUUAAACUUAGCGUCUCCCCUGAGUGGCGGGCUGGGUAGAGGUGGCCCAUUCUGAACCCUUGCGAGUCUUCACAGCAAUCCUGACCUAUGUCCCCACAGUGACUCCACUGGCCCUGGGCAUGGCGAACCCAGUGGCGGGCAUCGCAGGCUCUGCCGCCAAGAGUGUGCGACCCUUCCGAUCCAGUGAGGCCUAUGUGGAAGCCAUGAAGGAAGACCUGGCCGAUUGGCUCAAUGCUUUGUACAGUCUAGGUCUCCCUGGCAGUGGCGAUGGCUUCCUCACGGGGCUGGCCACAGGCACAACCCUGUGCCAACAUGCCAACGCUGUCACCGAGGCUGCCCGGGCUCUGGCUGCUGCCCGUCCAACCCGAGGUGUGGCCUUCCAGGCACACAGUGUGGCGCCUGGCUCCUUCAUGGCCCGAGACAACGUGGCCUCUUUCAUCGGCUGGUGCCGGGCUGAGCUGGGCGUGCCUGAAGUGCUCAUGUUUGAGACAGAGGACCUGGUGCUACGCAAGAACGAGAAGAGCGUGGUGCUCUGCCUGCUGGAGGUUGCCCGGCGUGGGGCGCGCCUCGGCCUGCUUGCCCCGAGGCUGGUACAGUUUGAGCAGGAGAUCGAGCGGGAGCUUCGAGCUACCCCUCAGGUCUCCAGCGUCCCUGCUGCUGAAGAGGAUGUCACUGAAAUUGCCACUGUACCAGGGGUUCCCACCCGCACAGCCCGCAUGACGCCCAAUGACCUUCGAAACCUUGAUGAGCUGGUAAGGGAGAUCCUCGGCAGGUGCACCUGCCCGGACCAGUUUCCCAUGAUCAAGGUCUCCGAGGGGAAGUACCGAGUGGGAGACUCCAGCUUGCUCAUCUUCGUGAGGGUGCUGAGGAGUCACGUGAUGGUGCGAGUGGGGGGCGGCUGGGACACACUGGAGCACUACCUAGACAAGCAUGACCCUUGCCGCUGCUCGUCUUCUACCCACCGUCUGCCCCAGCAGAGGGCCGGGACUUUCUCCCCGCAGAGGGGAUCACCCACUCCUAGCCCCCGCCCCGGUAGCCCAGUCCCUGGGAGUGAGCGCCGGAGCUCUCGGCCCGAAGUAACCCCCAUCAGCCUGCGAGGCACAAAGGAGGGGCCUGAGACCCCGCUCAGGCCCCGCGAUCAGCUGCCCCCCCUUCCCCGCUCCCGCCGCUACUCUGGGGACAGUGACUCCUCAGCCUCCUCUGCUCAGAGCGGCCCCAUGGGUGCCCGCAGCGACGAUUCAGCCACUGGCUCCCGGAGGGAGCGGCCCAGCCACCGGCCGACCUCCGGUCUUCCCGCCUCCCCGAGACGGCCGACCGCGCCUCGCAGCCAGUCUCGAGACCGGCUGGACCGGGGACGGCCCCGCGUGGCCCCAGGAGGCCGAGGCGCUCAGCUAUCGACCUCCAGCCCAGCACGGCGCACCCGCAGCCAGAGCCGCGAGGAACAGGCGGUACUGAUGGUGCGCAGGGACCGAGACGGCCAGCACUCGUGGGUGGCCCGGGGCAGGGGUGGCGGGGGGUCAGGAGGUUCUGGGAGGAGUACUCCGCACACUCCUCGUGCCCUCAGCCCUGCAGCACCCCGGCCUUCCAGGGGCCCCAGUCCAGGCCCAGAGCUGGCUGCCACACCUGCCAGCAUCUUCCGCACGCCCCUGCAGCUUGACCCACAGCAGGAGCAGCAGCUGUUCAGGCGCCUGGAAGAGGAAUUCUUAGCCAAUGCCCGCGCCUUGGAGGCUGCUGCCAGCCAUACCCCCAUGGGAUCUGCCCCUGACCCUCCAGCUCCGGACUCUGCUUACUGUUCAUCCAGCUCCUCGUCUUCAUCACUCAGUGUCCUGGGUGGCAAAUGUGGCCAACCUGGGGAAUCAGGCCGCACAGCCAAUGGGCUGCCUGGGCCCCGCAGCCAAGCUCUGUCCAGUUCUUCCGAUGAGGGCAGCCCCUACCUUGCUGUAGGAGGGGCACUGGAUGCAACCAGGAGCUCUUUGGCUGGCCCAGAACCCUCACUGACCUGGGCAAGGGGGCGGAUGGACACACAACCAGACCGUAAACCCUCACGCAUACCCACACCUCGGGGACCCCGCCGCCCAUCGGGACCCAUAGAGCUCGGGGCUUGGCAUGCCCUACAUUCGGUCACCCCAAGGACCGAGCCAGAUUCUUCAAUGUGAUGGACCGGCUUAGCUGCACCCACACCCCAUUCCAUUUUCUUUGUGGCCUUAACCUACCCUUUACAUCAGGGACCCCCCUUCCAUCUCGAGCACCAGACCUCAUGGGACCAGACCCCACGGGACUACAUGGCACAAUGGGACACCUGUUGUACAUUCCGGUUUGGGGGAUGAGCAUUGCUAUUUAAUUACUAAUAUUAUUGAAUGCCUUAGAGGAGACCGGGCCAGCCCGGUGUCCAGAGGACCUGUGGUCCAGUAAGCAGAACCUCUGACAGUAAAGUAUUGCUCCAGCUCCUGUUUUUGGGGGACCGAGCCUUCAUUAUAUGUUGGGAUUCUAGAGUUAACUGCCUAGAGGCCAGACCUCAAUGCUCUGGACCUGCAUAUUCCAGAACAAGAAACCCUUAAAUUGUGCA